UCGAAGGCGGCGGCGGCAGCGGCGGCCUUCGGCCGCGGGGAAUGGGAAUCUCAGGGCCCUGACUGAGCACCGCCCCCGCCUCCCUGCCGAGACAUGGCUCAGGAGAAGAUGGAGCUGGACCUGGAGCUGCCCGCGGGCACGGGCGCGAGCCCGGCGGAGGGCGGUGGCCCGGGCGGUGGGGGCCUCCGGAGAUCUAACAGCGCCCCCCUGAUCCACGGCCUCAGCGACUCCUCGCCGGUUUUCCAGGCCGAAGCGCCCAGCGCCAGGCGGAACAGCACGACGUUCCCGAGCCGCCACGGCCUGCUGCUCCCGGCCUCGCCGGUCCGCAUGCACAGCAGCCGCUUGCACCAGAUCAAACAGGAGGAGGGCAUGGACCUGAUCAACCGAGAGACGGUCCACGAGCGCGAGGUGCAGACCGCAAUGCAGAUAAGCCACUCCUGGGAGGAAAGUUUCAGCCUGAGUGACAACGACGUGGAGAAAUCCGCCUCUCCAAAGCGCAUCGAUUUCAUUCCGGUGUCUCCAGCACCGUCCCCGACCCGGGGAAUUGGGAAGCAGUGUUUUUCACCGUCUUUGCAAAGUUUUGUGAGUAGCAACGGAUUGCCUCCAAGCCCUAUUCCCAGCCCCACCACCCGGUUUACUACCCGGCGAAGCCAGAGUCCCAUCAACUGCAUCAGACCAAGUGUUCUUGGACCAUUGAAAAGAAAAUGUGAAAUGGAAACUGAUUAUCAGCCAAAGAGAUUUUUCCAGGGCAUCACCAACAUGCUAUCUUCUGACGUUGCACAGCUGUCAGACCCCGGCGUGUGCAUAGCCUCCGAUACCCUGGAUGGAAACAGCAGCAGUGCCGGAUCUUCCUGUAACUCACCAGCGAAAGUCAGCACUACCACCGACUCUCCUGUGUCGCCUGCCCAAGCAGCCUCCCCCUUUAUUCCAGUAGAUGAACUUUCGUCUAAGUAAUUCACCCGUCUUGAACCCCCCUCCCCCAGUGGAGAGAGAGACAGAAUCAAGUUAGAGCAAGCACUGAACCUUGUCGAUUAAGUUGAGGCUGUUUCCUAUUUGACUCUCCCCCUCCCCUUUUUUUUGGAAGUUCCUGAAAUGUUAUUCUAGAGAAUUUCUAUGUCAGGUUCCUGCAGACGCCCUUGAAUUCAGUGUAGUAAUAUUUUCGGACUUUUUAUCAAUAAGUGUGUUGAAGCAUACAUUUUACGCUGCUAAUAUGUCUAAAUACAUAUGUUAUCCCUUGAUUUUUUAAAUAAUUGAGAGCUCUAUUUAUUUAUGGGAUUAUUAAGUUCUGAUGAAAAUAUAAAUGUUGAAUUUCAGUUUAGUAAACUGAUGUUUUAAAAUUCCAUAGUUCAUGGCACACUAAUUUUUAAUGUUUUUAGUGAUUACUGUUUUCCAUCUAUUGAAGAACUUACCUUCUUACAGCUUUAAAGAAAAAUGUUAGUCAUAUCAGUCCAUUGGUUGUCUAGUAAACCUAGGAGUCCUUGGAUAUUUAAUGUCCUAGGCACAAAAGUAGAUGGGAGGGGAAAUGCCAAAAAGAGAAAUAAUAACAUUUUUCAGCAAAUAUUUUAAAAAAUUAAAAUUAAGUAUAUAGAAGUAAACAUUUAAGAAGGACAUUUUCUAACAAAAUUUUAAUAGUGAAGUCACAUCAGUAUAACUUCAAAAAUGAAAAGUUUCUUUUUGAAAACAUUUUUAACCAGAAAGUGCAUUCUCUUGAGUAUAAUCCUCAAAGUUCAAUGGGACUGUGCCUUGUUGUCUUAGCUCACUGUAGAAGGCAAAGGCAAGGCUCAUGCUACCAUGUCAAACUUAACAUUUGUGAAAUAUAGAUGUUUGGGAAACCCUAUUGAGUGUUGGGAGAACACCCAGACAGACGAUAUUCUCUCAAUCAUCGAUAGACUUUACUAUCCAGUCAUGUCUUGAUUCUUAAAAUUCUUGCUAAUGAGAAGUCAGAGCAGCAUUUGGCUGCUCUUCUGCUCUGUCCAUCUGUCACCUGCUCAGGAAGGAAGCAGCUGUUUCCUUGCCAACAGGUACUUCCUACACCCUAUCAAGCUAGGACAUAGACCAAGGUACCUCCGACUUGGAUUCUGACGGAGUGAUGGAUCUCUAUGGUUGGAGCUACAUUAGCAACAGUGGAAAUGUUACUUGAAGGCCGAUGGGGUACAGGAGAUCAGUGGAGAGUCACAACGUAAAUCAUCACUUAGGUUUCCGUAAAGGUGUAGUUAUGGAGUGCUUUUCUUUUGCGAUUAAGAUAAAUGACAGAUAGUUUUUAUAUUGUACUUUAUAAUACUUCAUCUAUCCUAGAUAGACAAGGCAAGCAGACAGACAGAUGAAAUAAAUAACAGAUCAAUAAGAAAAGGUUAAAAAAUGAUACUUUAAGAAAGACCAUGACAAAAACUCGUUUUUAAAGUCAUUGCCUACAGAUUUUAAGAAUUAUAUGGAAUUUUUACAACUAUGAGAAUAAAUGGAACUGGUCAACUCUUGACAGUUGCAUCAAGUUUCAGUGAAAUAACAUCAAGGGUAAGGUUGUGUCUGUAUGUGUAACAUUUCUGGGUAAUAGUGUAUUUUGCUGACUCCCUGAUUGUUCCUCAGCUUAAACUUACAGCAUAUCCAGUUUCCUAUGGGGUGCUUGACCUACUUAUAGAGGAACUUUAAUAACUUCAAAACAAGAUUCACCGCCACAUUUAAUGUGUUCUUGCAGGUUGAUGCCAUCAAUGCCUCCUUUCCUAAACUGGAUGCCAUGUGACAUCUGACUUCUUCCUGUCAAAUACAGCGUAACCACCAAGUUCUGUCAGUUUCUUCUAAAGUGUCUCAGUGUGUCUUGUGUUCUAUUCCAGCUCCCCUUGUCACCUGCCUUCCUGUGUCUCACCUACCCUAUGGCUUGCUCUUCACACUGGCUCCUGAAUAAUCUUAAUACAUUAUAAACUUGAUUUCUUUCACUUUCAUGCUCAAAAACUAUAUUGUUUCUGUCCUUAUAGUUUAGGUAGUUCUGUAUAGUUUCUGACUGUAGUGACCUGUAGUGGUGUGCCUGUUCCCGAAAGGAACUCCAGUCCUCUCAUCUCAGAACUCACCUCCCUCCUGCUGCUGCAGAGACUAGACUACUUGGUAAUCCCAAAAUAGACUACAUAUUCUUACAUGUUUGCACUUUUAAAAUGUGUGUGUUUGUCUCUGUGUGUACAUGUGUGCUGCACACACACUAUGGUCAGAGGACAAUGCAGAGGUCAUUCCCUUCAUCACGUGCAUUCUGGGAGUCAAACUCAAGUCACCAGGGGUGUCAGCAAGUUGUCAUGUCUUGUUGUUUGGUAGCUUGUUCUUUCUCCUGCAAUGAUAUUCCAGCAAAUGCCUUUUUAAGUUUGUGUGUGUGUGUGUGUGUGUGUGUGUGUGUAUACAUGCAUUGUGCACAUGCACACACAUGCACAUGAAGUCAGAAAGCAGUUUGUGUGAACUGAUUCUCUCCUUUCAGUGUUGGUUCCACUUGGCAGCAGGAGCCUAAAUUUACCCACUGACCUAUCUUGAACCAACCCCCCUCCACUUUUGAAUUCCACAUGAACUUCCACUGGAAACUGUGUAUAGAUUAUAAAAUACUUAAGUAAUGUAUACAUGUAUAUAGUUAAAAAUCUGCCAUUUACUAUGUAAACUUCAUUGUCUCUUCCUACAGGUAACAUCUGCUGACAGUUUGGUGUGCACUCUGCAAGCUGUGAUGCUCUGCAUUUCCCUGCAUAUAUGUGUGCGUGUAGAUGCAGGGCAUCAAUAUGCGUUGGCAGUUCUCUCCAUUUCUUUCACCCCAUCUUUAAUCACUCACCAGGUCUUACUGAUUUUAUCUCCUGGAAUCUAACUCCUGGUUUCAAUCUCUGCUGCCAGCAAGAUCCAGGCUAUUGUGGUAAAUCUUAAGUAAGCUAAGACUCAGCGUUUGUAUGAGUAAUUUACAUCACCAUAGCAACUUUAACCAUUCCUCUUAGCUCACGUGGACAUUUGUUUCCAAAAACACAUUUUUAAGAUAUUAAUGUUGCCAAUUCAGUAACUCUGACCUAAAGCAAUUAACAGCACUUAGUUAAAGGGCCAUUUUGUCAUAUCUAAUAAACUUCUGCAGUAUAUUUUCUUUCCUUGUGGGUGUAAAAUAUAUAUCGUGAAUGAACGAAAUCACAAAUGGUUACCAAACCAUAGGGCUGCUGGAUGCUGGGACUUUUAAGCAUACUUAAAAGUGCAUGCCCUCCAGAAGGACCUGGGUCAGAUUGCCUUCCAGCGAGUCACAUUGAUUAGUUCAACCCAUUACACAACCUACCUACCUCAAGAGACCACUUGAGAUAGUUGGCAGGAAAGCAAGUAGUCUGAACUUAGUGAAAGGCUGGACUUUUCCCCCUGUAUUUUUUGGGGGGGGAGGAGUGGGGGGAAAUUGGUAGAAAAUUAGAGAGAGGAAGUUGCUAUGAGGCAGGGAAGGCAAUGUAAACUACAAUCCUAAGUGGGUAUCAGAAAAGAAAAGACUUGCCCUUGGAAAGCAGAACUAGAAACCUGGUUUUCUUCUUCAAAUGGCAAAGACAAUGCAGCUGUUGGUUUGCUCUUGCAGUGGUUUGGGGGGCAGAGGUGUGGAGGAAGAUGUCAGUAGUAAAUUAGCUUCUCAUCUGCUUCCUCCAUCUAGUUAAUGGGGAACAUAGGCUAUUUGAGGGCAGGGUCAGAAGUGAACUAAAUGAUUAAUGGCCUGAGAAUGUCUAAAGAAGAGGCUUAAGAAUGAAUAGAGGGCUAGCCAGGAUUCUAUUCGCAUCCACACAGAGGUGAGCUGAACUGACUAGGUUUGGGAGUCAGCUAAGUAGGUACUAGUUAAUGUGAGCUAUGGCACAGUUGUUCCUGGGAAAGUACAGUUGAGUGAGAGGCGUUCGGGAUGGUCAGAGGAUGAGUGGGAUCCUAUUCAUGAUCUAACCUUAUAACCUGUCACCCCAAUGAACAUGGAGAACCUGGUCUCAUUGUGGCACUUUUAACUAUAAUUUUUCACGGUUGAUCUUAUUUAGCUAGGACAACCCAAGAGGCAAGCUUCCACCUGAGCUCCACUUACUUGGUAGACACUUGUAUCGCACUGCCCCUAAGACCCAAGACACAGUUUGUUGACAUCUAAGUAUUUCUGAAAAAUUAAAAUAAUCUUUAUAUAAAAUGUAAUGAAGUGUUUUCUGUGUAUCCAGCAUUUUUAGGGGCUAGUUUUCAAUGUAAUUAUUUUACCGUUUACCAAGAUGAUCUUGACCCUUGUUUUUUGAAUGAGGAAAUAGGGGUAGAGUGGUGAGGACCCUUGCCUGAGAGUCCAAAGCUGGACGCUUCGCUGCUGGUUGCAGUGGUUAUGAAUGUACUGCAGAGCCAGGCUGCUGUGGUUCAGGGGCCAGUGGAUGCGAGGACGGAACAACGGUACGGAACAGCGAAGGGACAUUGCGCUGACAGCUGUCAUUGUCAUGUGCUUCUGAGCAGUUCUUCUGUAACCUCCCCUGGAUUUGGAUCCAGCUCACUGGAACUGCAGAACAAGUCUUAUCUCUCCUUUUUAGCGCUAGUUGUCAUCCUUCCUUUACACAUCCAGAGCACUGAUCCUUCUCUCAUGUCUACUGCUUGCUCCAGAUCUUAGAGACGUUGGGUACUUUCUUCAAUGAAGUAAGGCUGUCAGGUGACAGUUCUCUCAGGACCCUUUGCCUUUCCAGGUGGGGAGGUCAGGGUCAUCUAGUAACAUAAAUUUUUGUGAGCAUCAGUAUUGUUUAUUGUUUAUAUCUGGAAUAUUUCCAUGCAGCAUUCAGUAUGUGCUCAGGCACCAUUUUCAUUAACCACUGCCCCCCCCCCCACACACACACACGUACACCACACUGUUUAACCCUUAUGAAAACCCUCUGAGGCAGAUAGUAUGAAUUUACUAUGACUAAUAUGAGAAAAUCAAAUUUUGUCUUUUAAAACGCCAUUUUUAAUUUUUCCCUUUUGAAUUUUGUUCCUUUUUGUUUUUUCUUGGUUAUUUAUUUUAUUCGAGAAGACCGUUUCCCAGCUACUUAACGCACUUGCUAAUUGUGUGAGUGUUACCAUUCUGUUUUUAAAUCAAAUGAUAUAUUUAUUUUGGAAUGAUUGUGUUCCAGGAAAUGAUCAGGAAGAUUAUUGUCUUUCAUCAGAGGUGAAAUACUGACAUGUGUGUAAGGAUAUCAUUGCAAAGCUUCACAUUUUAAAUUGAUUUGCUAUUUGAAACCAUAAGAGAUACUCAAACCCUCCCUCUUUUAUUGUUUUGUCUAAAUAAAUAUAAGAUUUGUU